AUGGUGCGACUCAAAUGGGCGUUCGUUCUAAUUAUAAUAUCUGUUACUUUCUUAGCCACAGUGAUAAGUGCAUUCCGCAUUCGUGAUCUUCAAAAAAGUUCCCUCGAAAGUGUUUCGGACUCAAAAAAGAGGCAGAAAUGCGAGGAUUGUGAUGUGAACAAACUUGACCUUGAUCAAAGGCUUCACGUUUACAAAGCUGAAAGUGGAAAAAAAUCGGUAGAAGGUCACAUAAAAUUUGCUCAAGAAACGAAAAAGUCCAGGAAUGAAAAGACAUUUGAAAAAAAUAUCCCAUUCCCUGAAGAAGUUGAGGAAAUUAGCAGUAUAGACGACGACGAAUCUGAUGAAAACUUGAUAUAUCUAAGACAAUUAGCUUCUAAAUGGGAAGAAAAACAAAAGGCUUCGGGCGUUGACAUUAAGUUGGAAAAGAAAGCAAAUGAUAAGAAGAAAGUGCCACCUAUUAGUUCUACUAGUGAUAAGGUUCAAGAGCAAAAACUUAAACAAAAAUAUGCUGGAGAUAGUGCUACCAAUAAAGAUAAAAAUGAUUUGCUAGAUCAGUCCACGUUUAGUACAAAAAAUGUUGUUUCCGAUGACAAAAAGUUAAAGUCCUUAAAGAUGUCAGUAGUGAACAAAGAUGAAAACGACGAUGACGAUGAGAACGACAAUGAUGACGAUGCGAAUGAUUUUAACAAUGAAAAAGUAGAUAAGGGAAAAAGUGAAGAAAAACACUUGAAAACGGAUAAACAUUUUAAAGAUAUUGAUUUUAAUCAGGUACAGCUAAGUAAAGAAAAUUCAAAAAUGAGAGCAAAAAUUGAUGAAUUGAAGCCUAAAGGUGCCCAAAAAAGCAGUGAUAAAACAAAGCAAUCGGCAAUAAAAACAGAUGUUAAGGAUAAUGCAAAAAAUGAUAUUAAGUCCAAAGAAAGAGAUCACACGAAAAUCAAUACAGACUCUUUUUCAAUAAAAAAGAAGGAAAAAAUUGUUACCGACAUACAUAAAGAUCUACCAGGUGAAAUUUUAGGCAAAGAAACUAUGCAUAAAAAGAAAUUACAAUUAGAGUUAAAAGAUACUAAAACUAGCGAAGCAAUGAUAAUGGAAAGUACACCUAUAGAUGUAAAACAAAUGCCUAAGGUUGAAGCGAGUUCGAAGAAAGUCCUUGACGAAAGCAAGGAGAACGAGAGCAGGGAAAACAAUCGUCUGAGACACGUAACGGAAGCUUUACAUAGGCGGAAUUUGCUUAAAAGUGAAUUCGAAGAUUUCUACGCAUUCCUACCAACAUUCGCUUCUAAUUUUACACGAGUUCAAAAUCCUGAAUGCCGGCGCCAUGGACAAAUCCUCUUGAGACAGCUUCGCGGCACAAAGUUAUGGGCGUUAAGUAUGCUCGACGCUACGGGCAAGAUACCCUCGGGAAUACUACAAGGCAACGGUAUCCAGCUAGGUGACUUCGACCAGUGCUUAGGGAGCCACGCACGAGUCCAAUUGGACACGGGCAGCGUGGUCAAGGUGCAGGGGAAGUAUUGUCUAGCACACGUAGAUCUGAAAGCAGAACAUCCCGAACUGGAGAUCCCCGUGCAUCUGGCGCAAGCCAAGAGCUUGAUCAAGAGUAGAAUCGAUGAUCCAGGUCACUUUGUACCCCGCUUCUCAACGUUGAGCUGGGGCGUGUGCGUUCCUGCACCCUGCGAUCCCAAGGAUGUCGAGGCAAUCAUCAGGGAUGCGGUCAAGCACUACCAGUACACUAGUGGUGUCUCUAUACGUGUCAAAGUCGACCCGCUGGACUGCCAUAUGCACGGGAAGCAGUCUUGGUGGGAGGAAUGGCUUGAAAUACCAACUUUACUGACAUUGUGUUUAUAUGUCGCGGUAACUUUACUGGUGCUGGUGGCGACUGCUCAAGACUUUGUAGCUAGAAGAAUGGGAGGGAGCAGAUCAGAUGUGUCGGACGACAGUAGCCAAAGUCAAUUACCGACUGAUGAAAACAACGGAAAUGUCGAUCAGCUGUCAGGUGAAAAUCUUAUAAGCGCCUUUUCCCUGUAUCGUACGGUCGGCAAGUUAACGGCACCGGCGACUUCUGACGAAAUCUCCUGCAUUCAUGGCGUCCGAGCGAUUGCUACCAUAGCUCUGUUGGUUGCUCACAAGUUCUUACCUGUUGCCGUCAUGCCGUAUACGAAUCGAGUGAAGAUAAGCGAGGUCGUGAGCUCGCCACUUUGGUCAUGGUGCCGUGCGGGCUGGAUGUACACUGACUGCUUCCUCCUACUUAGCGGGACGCUCACUGCUCAUCGUAUAUCCAAGGAUAGUGAUUCUGGAGCACUAAGGAGGAUCAUAUCCAGAUAUCUGAGAUUAACACCUGCGUUGCUGGCGGUGAUAUUGUUCUACGCUUACGUCUGGGACAUAACCUCGGUUGGACCUAUGUGGGGUACUCUAGUAACCAAAAACUCGGAGAAAUGUAAAGAGGGCUGGUGGUGGAACGUUCUCUACCUACAAAACUACUUCGGCUUCGAGGAAAUGUGCGCACCCCAAACGCACCAGCUAGCGUUGGACAUGCAGCUAUCAAUUUUGGGGGGUGUCGUUGUGUGGGCAAUGCAGUCCGAUAUGCCCGUUCUGAAAGCCGUCCUGCCAACCCUACACGUGUGGACGGCGUUCUCCAGAUACAAAACGGCACGUGAUCAUCGUCUCACUAUGUUGGCUUACCACGGCGUCAGCGUAAGCCAGCUGUACAGAACGGCGAGGCUGAGCUAUAUGUCAGUGAUCCAUCGCUCCACUCCAUACUUGGUCGGGCUAAGCCUGGGCUUGGCUCUCAAGAGCAAAACGAAUCACAGCAAAGUACUAAUAGCAUUCGGCUGGUUGGUCAGUGGCGUAUUGUGGUCGCUCGUGUGGUGGGCUGGCUUAGAUUCAGGCUCGGCUCAGUACAGAUAUAAUGCGACGUUCGCCGCUCAGUACGCCGCUUUGGCACCGAUCUCGUCCUCUUUGGCAAUCGCAUGGUUAAUAUAUGCAGUGCACAGCGGUCACUGUGAUUUUCUACAAAAUAUUCUUUGCAGUCGUCCGUUAGCUCUUAUAAGUCGCCUUUCAUAUGCCCUUUAUCUCUGUCAGUUUAUCGUGUUUCUGACACAUGCGGCCACAGUUAAGACGUCUAGAGAGUUUACUUUAAUGUCUUUGAUCGAUGUUCAAGAAAUAUCAAUGAUAUUAUUAACAUCGGUAUUACUCACAUUAACCUUUGUUACUCCAAUGCAAUCUCUCCCAAAAAUCCUUAUGUCUCUAUCCAAAUCAAAAACUGAUGUCUUAGAAGCGGAAAAAGUUAAAAAGCAACCAGAGAGCCCUAGAAAGAAUGAAAAAGUAAUGGAACUUCCAAAGGUUAGAAAUAGACAAACUUUAAUAGCUCAUAGAGAAGUUCUUGAAGAAAUCCCAGAAGUGGAUAUAGAAUAUGAGCACCAAAGAGAUUUCCACGAUGGUUUGGAGGAGAUAUUGGAAGAAGAAGAAAAUGAAGAGGAUGCUAAAGAUGGCAGUGAACAUGGAGACGGAGAAGAAUUAGAAAUAAUUGAAGAAGAGCAGGCCUCAGUUGGUGUUGGGGGCCGCCGCACGCGCACGCUCCGCGCCGCAAUGAUCUCUCUAGGGGUGCUCCUCACGAUCGCGUGUGCGGUCCAGGCUAUCGGCCUCAACAGGGCGAACAUAACGGAGCAGGUCCUGAGGCGUAUCAUUCCGCUGCCUGACAGCCCUGGAAGCACGGGCAUCAAGCGCUCGGAUAUUUUGAACACUACCGCAGCCGCGCUCGGCCUGGACACCGAUGCGCUGGCCAGGCUGUCUGCAAGAGCCAAGAGCGUAAGCAGCCAAGCGGGGAGGAUCGCGGACUUCUCUUAUAUCACGAAUGCGGCGAUUCCCGCUGUGGGGCGUCCCGUGCUGAAGUCGAUUGAGGAGUCGCCGGAUUACGCGUCGUCGGUCGUGUUAGCCAGUGACUUGCUGUCCCUAACGACGGCCGUUGGUAACGUUAAAGAGAAAGCAUGCAGGGAGCAAGGCACCAAGUUCCUGGACGGAUUGCUGCAGAACAAGCGAUGGGCGCUCAAAAUGUUCGAUGCGUCUGCCAAAUCACCGCAAGGGCUCCUAUUCGGUUCUUCCUACCAUCUAGGGAACUUUGACGAGUGUGUGGGAAUUGACGAGCCCGGUGGGAAAAGAGACGCAGUCGAAGGCGAAUACUGCCUUGCAACAAUCAAAUGGAGUCAUGGAGAGGAAAUGAAAAAGGUAAGAUUCGGACGUGGUGAGACCCUACGGUGGGCGGUGUGCGUCCCCAGCUCAUGUAGUGCCAAAGCGGUGGCCGGGUUUGUUAGUGAUGUUCUGACACACACAGUUGGAAACAGCACAGCGGUGCUGGUCACUGAGCGCGACUGUUAUACGCGGCGACCCAUGAUCGUUACCAAUCUCGACAUUGGCUACUCGUCAUUUAUGCUGGGCAUCAUCGUUGUUCUUAUAUUAUGCACGCUGUACGAAGUAUACGCAAUAUCAAGCGGCAUGAGUAAAACUACGUGGGCCGUGAUGGAUGCUGAGGCUUGGGAUCGCUUGAUACGUCAGCCUGCCAAUGCGUUUAUGUUAAGUAACACGUUACUCGUGGACACAUUUCUCAUGCUGAGCGCUUUCCUUUUUUGUCGCCUUUUACUGAUCGAGUUUGAUAAACGUCGUGGUAAACUAAACGUCAUACCGAUUCUGGUGUUUCGUUAUAUAAGGAUAACACCCGCGUAUGUUGUUGUGAUUUUGUUCUACAUGACUUGGCUGCCGAAAAUAGGGGAAGGCCCGCUUUGGGUAAACCGGAUGCAAUUGGAACAAGAACGCUGUGCAGAAAACUGGUGGGCGAAUAUUUUAUACGUAAACAACUACAUUAGGACAGAAAAUUUGUGUAUGUUCCAAUCUUGGUACCUGGCGGUAGACACGCAACUGUUCUUCGUUGCACCUAUUUUCAUUUACAGCCUAUGGAGGUGGCAAAGAUUUGGCAGUGCUUUCUUGGCGCUAGCUACGUUUACUUCCCUUGCUAUACCAUCGGUAAUCACAUACAAAGAACACCUGGAUCCAACUUUACUGUUUUAUGCUAAGGAAUUCACGGACUUCGUAACUAACUUUUACUUCAGAGAAGUAUAUAUUAAGACGCAUAUGAAAAUGACACCAUAUUUUAUGGGUUUACUGACGGGAUAUAUAUUGCAUCGAAUACAAUCCGAAAACUAUAAGCUGUCUCGACUGAUGAAGACGUUUGGUUGGAUAACCAGUAUUAUUUUGGGCACUGUGGCAGUUUUCUCCGUCAGUCUGUUCUAUCAAGAAUGGUAUGAGUACAGCAGAAUAGAAGCAGCUGCCUACGUGUCCCUGCAUAAGUUAGCCUGGAGCAUAGCCAACGGGUGGCUUUUAAUAGCUUGCGCUACCGGAAAUGGAGGCAUACUUAAUAUAUUAUUGACGUGGAAAGCGUUUGUGCCGAUAUCAAGGUUGACAUUUUGUGCGUACCUCGUAAACGGCAUUGUCGAAUUAUAUUACGUGAGCCAAUUAAGACACCCUCUUCACGUCACGUUCUUCACCAUGAUGGCAAAUAGUGUUGCACACAUUAUAUUGACGUUUUUCCUGGCAAUAAUAUUGUGUGUGAUAUUUGAAUCUCCGAUACAUGGCAUUGAAAAAAUUCUCCUGAGGAUAUUCGCGCGACCAGUUCUGAGUGACAACGCGAGGCGGGAUCUGUCAGAGGAAUCGUCGAGAAAUACUAGUCAAUCAAAAUUAGAUGCU